UAUAAGCAGUAAAUAUUUAUUCAUCUAAAUAACAAAAACGUAUCUCAGGAUUUAGCUUGAGGCCGCGACCUGUAAGACUUUGAUCUGGGUUCUCUUAAUCUUGCUCAGCAGGAUAUUGUUAAGGUUUUAUUGCCUGGAGGAAAAGGACUGAAGCUGUACUGUACGAUACUUGGACACGUCAUGAUACUGUAUUGAACUACAUGAGAGAGAAUGACCCACUUAACAAGAAGAAUUAUACUUUAUUGACUUUUAUGUUCAUUUAUUAUUUAUUUUCAAGAAGUUUUUAAUGAGGUGUUUAUGAACUGUGUGAACAAUGUAUAUUUAUAUACAUGAGUGUAAUAAAAGACUGAAAAUGAGAGUAACAUUAACACUUCUUGUCUCAAUAUUGAUGUGAGGGUUUUCUGCCCUGUAAUUAUAUACAAAAUUUAAAUAUUAUGAUGGAUUCCAUAACAUUAAAUCUACACUUGAAAUAGACUUUUGAAAAAAAAAAUCUAAAACACAGGAAAAUGCGAAGUAAUUCUUAUGGACGCUUGAAUACUGGAGGAGGCCCGGUACAAGUUAAUAUGGCUGGGGGAUGGUUACUGCGACCGUCAAGAAUUGUUCCCACCAUCCUCUUGAUAUUGAUAAUUGUCCCACUUUGUGCCCACUACUAUCUCUCCAAGGCUGUGAAUGACUCAUCUUUGGGUCAUGAACGGCAUCUUCUUCUGGACCCCAGUGAUCCCUUGGCUGAUCUGUCGGGUCUUAAGUGUGAUAAUGCCAAGGCCAGAGUUCAAGAGCUGUUUUCUAUAAAAGCUUCUGUGCUGAAUGAGUUGCGUGACAUGGAACAACAUCGACAGCAGCUACAGGAAAACAUAGCCUCGGCCACAUCCCGAAUAGAAAGUCUACGACAGGAAGAGAGCAGAAUCAAGACUGAACUUGAAAGACUCAAGACAAGUGUUGAGCAGGCUCUUCUUACACAACGUGAAGUGUUUGAGAAGAACAUGCCACAAAUUGUGGCUCCUCUCCGGAUCACUGCCACUCAAAAGGACAACAUUCCUCUACCUUUACCAAGCUCAGAUAGUGUUUCUCAGUGCCGUAUGCACAACUGCUUUGACUAUUCAAAAUGCUCACUCCUCUCAAACUUUCCCGUAUAUAAUUAUGAUGUUGAUAAAUAUAGAAUGCCUUCGAGUGACUUGGAAGCAUUUGUAAAAAUUACUGUAAAACAAGCCUUGGGCUACAAUGCUCAAGUUACUUCUGACCCAAUUGAGGCUUGUAUUUUUGUUGUUUUAAUGGGCGAGAGUAUAGGUUCAUCUGUUGAUAAAGUUAAUCUGGAAGAGACUCUCCAUAGCCUGCCAUAUUGGAAUGGCGAUGGCCGUAACCAUGUUCUUCUGAAUCUUGGGAGAACCUUUUACAGUAAAAAUAUUUUUGAAGGUGUCAAUACAGGCCGGGCUAUAACAGUUCAGUCUCACUUCUAUUCUCAUCUCUAUCGACCUGGUUUUGACCUAGUGACUCCUCCCCUUCUUGGCCUUCCUGGUGGUGACCUUUGGCAAAACCUUCCCCCAUUGGUGCCUGCUAAGAGGAAAUAUCUGUUGUCAUUCCAAGGAGAAUUGCCCCGUUUGAGAAACUAUUUGGAUAAGGAGGAGCAUCCUCUCUCAAGCAAUCCUCAAAUAAGAGAAGAAGUUGCUGUCGUUGAGGAACUUAUGCAACUUGAGCACACACACACAGAUGAUCAGUUCCUGCUUCAGUUUACCUGUCAAGGGAGUGGGGGUUAUGGGGACUUGGAAGAAUGGCAAAUGUGUGAAACUGAGAGCAGACGUACCCAGGUUCUUCGAGAUUCCACAUUUUGUUUGGUAAUGGCACCCCUCUCUACUUUUGAAAUUACCACCGUAACUCUGCAAGCACGUAUUUAUGAGGCCAUUAAAUAUGGAGCCAUUCCAGUCAUUCUUGGUAACCAUGUUGAGCUACCUCUAAGUGAAACCAUUGACUGGCUUAAAUUAACCAUUGUUUUACCAAAAGCUCGUGUCACAGAGCUUCACUUCCUUCUUCGGUCAGUGUCGGAUGGGGACAUUCUUUUCAUGCGUCGACAAGGUCGUAUGGUGUGGGAACGUUUCCUUGGGUCUACUCAGGUUUUGCUGGAUUCCAUUCUGGCUACACUGAGGCAAAGACUAAACAUCCCAGCACUACCAGCAGCUGAAGAACCCUCAGUCAGUGUCUUCAAUGGCUCCUUUGUGCCCCUGAAGAGUGAUGCCAACAUACCAGAACCUGACACAGAUGAGAACCUAGGACCAAUUGAGCCUCCCUUCCCAUCAAUAGUUUUCACUCGUAACUACACCACUUCACUCUUGAAUGGUUACGAAAUUUGGAACGUAUGGGGUGACCCCUUCAACCUUUACCCUAAUCUUCCCACAAACCCCAUACUGCCAACAGAAGCAAAAUUCUCAGGAUCCAAGUUGGGUUUUCGACCAAUCAAUGCAGGUUCUGGGGGUUCAGGAAAGGAAUUCAGCGAGAGCCUCGGAGGAAACUCUCCAAAGGAGCAGUUUACAAUUGUGAUGUUAACAUAUGAGAGAGAACAGGUGUUGUUGAAUUCUUUGGCUCGACUGUAUGGGUUGCCUUACCUCAACAAAGUCAUAGUUGUAUGGAACUCGCCAAAACUCCCACCUGAGGACCUGCGGUGGCCUGAUAUCAAGGUUCCCAUUCAGGUGAUUCGUGCAGAGCGCAACAGCCUCAACAACCGAUUCCUGCCUUAUUCAGAGAUUGAGACAGAAGCUGUGCUGUCAGUUGAUGAUGAUGCUCACCUGCGGCAUGAUGAGAUUGUCUUUGGGUUUAGAGUUUGGAGGGAGGAGAGAGAGCGGAUCGUGGGGUUCCCUGGUCGUUACCAUGCCUGGGACUUGAACUACGGUGGUUGGCUCUACAAUUCCAACUACUCUUGUGAACUAUCCAUGGUAUUAACAGGUGCUGCCUUUUUCCACAAAUAUUAUGCUAGCAUGUACUCUCAUGUGAUGCCACAAGCCAUACGUGACAAAGUUGAUGAAUACGUGAAUUGUGAAGACAUUGCCAUGAAUUUCCUCGUUUCACACAUAACCAGAAAGCCGCCUGUCAAGUUUCAGGUCACCUCACGAUGGACCUUCCGCUGCCCUGGUUGUCCAGUCUCACUCUCUGAAGAUGAUUCGCAUUUUACAGAGCGGCACAGCUGCAUAAACUUCUUUACACAGGUUUAUGGUUAUAAUCCUCUUCUGAAUACACAGUAUCGUGUUGACUCUGUUCUUUUUAAGACCAGACUUCCGCAUGACAAACAAAAGUGCUUUAAGUUUAUAUGAAGAUUGACUUUUAUAUUGAUGGAAUUUUCCAGGGUACACAAUGAGUAUUGAAUUGAUUCCCAGGAUACAAUAUCUGAUUUUAUUUAUCAUUUUUUGUGUGUGUGUGUGUGUGUGCGUGCGCGUGCCUGCACUGUUGAAUGAUGGGGUGUAUCCUUGUGAAUUAGCUGUCCAUAUUUGAAGAAUAUCUGUAUUUUUAUGAAGUUUCACUUGUUGAAAUUGAAAGCUUUGUGUAAAGCAGAAGUUGAUUAUAUUCUCAUUCCAAAUAUUUCAGAAUUACUGUAUUUGUAUUUUAGUGACCCAUUGCAAAAGUGAAAAUUACUAAUAGGUAAUUUUUGUGUUUAUAAUUGUUAGUUCUGCAGUUAGAAAUUUUAAUAUUUUUAUCAUAACUGUAACCUUGCCAUAAAUUUAAAUAUGGUAACAAAUAUAUUACUCAUAUUGUAAUGGUUGUUAAAUAUGCAAAGUGUGCAUUUGUCAACAUUAUUCCAGUUAUACUGUAUGUGAUUUAUAUUGUAAAGUACACGAGGAAAAUUUUUUAGCUGUUAAAUUGGAACCAGUGUUGUAUAUUAGAUAUGUGAAGUUUAUAUUAGAAGAGUAUAUUGUUACCAGUCAUCGUUUAGGUAAUGCAGGUAUUAUAUUUUAUUAAGACUGUAUAGGCUUAGAAAAAUGCUUGUUUGCAGUAACCCUACUGACUGUAUUAAGAAAAUUUGUACCUUUAUUUAAAUGAAUGUUUGUGUUUGAA